ACUGCAACGUAAUUCAUUCGUGUUUGUGCACUGUAUCGUAAUCAUUUGCGUGUAGCAGUUUGACGUCUUACUUCAAGCAACACUCUAAAUCUAACGGUCCCCAAUUAGAAUUUGUUUUCUUUAAUCUUGAUUCUUGAUCACUAAUUUUUUUAAGCCACUGAAUUUUCAGAUAUUUUUGUCUUGCUCUGCAUUACAUUAUUACUAUUCGCAUCAACGCAGUUGCCCGUAAACAAGGGCAUCGAAGGUCUUCAAAUUACUAAACUACAGUGCACCCAUAAACUUUGCCGCAAUGUUAAUCGUACUGUUCGCACUGUUAUUGUGUUGGAAAAUAUCGAAUGUGCAAAGCGCACCCGUGGAGACCGAAGUGGAUUUUUCCUCUGACAGAAUUCUUGAUCUUUCCUAUACUUAUGACAAAAAUACCGUAUACUGGCCGCACGGGAAAGGUUAUGACACCUUUAAUUUGACAAUGAUUGCCUACAACGAAGCGGAUCCCGACAAAAUCUUUUAUCGGGCCGGCUAUUACAGCACCGGCGAACAUGGCGGUACCCAUAUCGACACCCCGGCGCAUCUUCUGCGCAACGGAACGGAUGCAGAAAAUCUUGAAAUACAGCAGUUAAUUGGCCCUGCUGUCGUUAUCUCCAUUGCGGAACAUAUUCAAGCGGGUCAUCUCGACUACGCCCUGAGUCCUUCAGAUGUCUCCCAAUGGGAGUCGCAGCAUGGUCGUAUUCCAGACGGCGCCUUUGUCUUCCUGUUUGCGGACUGGGGUCAACGCUGGCCGGACAGGCAACGCGUGUUCAACGUGGAUGACCUUUCCGAUUAUUCCCACAUGCGUUUCCCGGGUUUCCAUCCAGAUGCCAUACAGUGGCUCAUUACCCAACGUGACAUUCGCGGCGUGGCUUCGGAUGGACCUUCUGUGGAGAGCUCGGUUGAUAUUGCCAGUGAGCGGAUGGGAACGCACAUUCUGUUGGCCAAACACAAUCGGAUAGGUGUGGAAAACGUGGCUAAUUUGCACAAAGUACCGGCAACGGGUGCGACGGUGAUCCUAAUGCCUAUGAAGAUUUCCAAUGCCACCGGAGCUCCUCUCAGGCUUUUCGCUGUAUUGCCUGAACAAAAAGAAUAAUAACGGCUUCAAUCGCCGUUUUUAUUUCAUGUUCCAGUAUAUAAACCGCUUUUUGCCACUGUUGGCGAUGCGGCUGCCUUCAUCUUCCUACAAGAAUUAAAACCAUGAAUAGA